AUGGCCAACCCAAAUACAGACCAAAAUGCUUCAGGUUUCGUCCUGUACCGCUACACGCCCUCGAUUGCGGCAGCAGUGGUCUUCACUGUGGUGUUCUGCGCGCUGGCCAUUUUCUUCAUCUAUCGCAUAGUCAGGCACCGGACACUUUUUUUCAUCCCCUUCUUGGUUGGACUGAUCUUUGAAGCCGCCGGCUACAUCGCGCGGAUCUUCUCGCACUCCGACACCCAGGCCCUGGGGCCCUACAUCACGCAAACGAUGCUCAUCCUCGUUGCGCCGCCUCUCUUCGCCGCCUCCAUCUACAUGACCCUGGGCCGCCUCAUCACCCAACUCCGCGCCGAAUCCGCCUCCCUCAUCCGCGUCCGGUGGCUGACCAAGAUCUUCGUCGUGGGCGACGUCAUCUCCUUCCUCUUGCAAUGCGGAGGCGGCGGAUACAUGUCCGCCGGCAGCGACUCCGCCAUGCUCGCCGGCGAACACAUCGUCGUCGCCGGCCUCGCGAUCCAGCUCCUCUUCUUCGGAUUCUUCGUCCUGGUAGCCUCUCUCUUCCACUGGCGGUGUGUCACCUCGAUGACCCCGUACUCCACCACCACCCUCAAAUCCCAAAGCGGCCGGCUCUCGUGGCGGGGGCUGAUGUGGGCGCUGUACGCGGCGUGUACGUUGAUUCUUGUUCGGUCUGUAUUCCGGGUGGUUGAGUUCGUGCAAGGCAACGACGGGUGGAUCAUGCACCGCGAGUAUCUGCUGUAUAUAUUCGAUGCGUUGCUCAUGGCGGGGACGGCGAUGGUGUUGGGGUUUGUGUUCCCGGGGUCGUUUUUGGAGGGGCAGAAACGCGGUGCGGAGAGGGCCGAUUCCGUUUAA